AUGACAAGCCAAGCUGUCUUCAUCGUCAUCCUCUUCCUAUCCGUUUUCGCUGGCUUCCUCCAUGCCUCAAUACUAUCAACCUCCGAAGGAAACGGCACAAUACCUGCAAAUCCAACUACGGAGGCCUCACUAAGGACCAAACGAAAUUGCGUUGGAAGGAAUUGUGGAUGUCGUGGUGGACAAUGUAACACUGCUAUGCGAACAGGAUUUGGUGGAUGUACUGGUUCUGGAUGCAGUAGCACUACAUGUCAUGGGAAAACGUGCUCGACCAGCGUUCAAACAUAUUGCUCAUUUCCUUGCGGUUUCGGUGGAAAACCGUGCUGUGGUGGUCAGAAGAAAUGUUGCAUAUGUUGUACGACGGUGUGUCAAAUAUACUGUGUACAAGCUGGCAUCUGCAUAUGUCCAGUAGGCCAUUUCGGAAAAUAG